UGGAAGAUCUCACAGCACUCUUUCCGACCCCUAUCUUGAUCUCCCUGGACGUAUCGCUGCAGCGGGGGAAUCACGAUUUGGACGGGCUUCGAGCUGCUCCGGUCUCCUCAUCCUCAUCCUCUGCGACCCACAAGAAUUCGAAGCGAAUCCGGAAACCCUGACGAAACCCUAGCAAUUCGGAACCCCCAAAUCCGUCGAAUUCGUCCUCCAAUGAGCGCUUCCCACCCCCCCGAUCUCCCGUCUUGCUGAUUCGUAGGUCUUCGUCGUCGUCCGCUUCGGAGGAAUUGGAGCAUCCAUGGGAACCCUGCCGAGCUCUUGUUUCUUCAAUCCGAGCUUGCGGCCCCGCCAGUUAGCCCCCGGCGGGAGAUGCAGAGAGAGGUAUUCGGUUAUGGAGCGGGUGAGUCCGGGAGAGCUGUGCUUUUUGUGCAGGAAGAGAGUACAAGAGUGGAGAAUUAGGAGGCGCUUUGAUGGGAUUAUGUGCUUCUCUAUAAAUGGGAAUGAUGGCGGCAGUGAAGAGAAGGGGCCGAGUAGUAAGUCGACUGAAGAAGUGGAGCAGAUUGCUGCCGACGAGGACCUGAACUCGGAGCCGACCCAGACUUCGUUUCCUUCUAGGACACCUAGUAUAUCCUCGGGAGAACAAGUUUAUAGUAGCUUUCAAGUUGAUUCUUUCAAGCUUCUGGAACUGCUUGGACCAGAGAAGGUGGAUCCAUCUGAUGUGAAGCUCAUUAAAGAAAAACUUUUUGGCUACUCAACUUUUUGGGUCACCAGAGAGGAACCAUUUGGGGACCUUGGGGAAGGUAUCCUGUUUCUUGGCAACCUGCGGGGAAAAAGAGAAAAUGUUUUUGCCAAACUUCAGCAGCACCUCCAUGAAGUUACUGGGGAGAAGUACAAUCUAUUUAUGGUAGAGGAGCCCAACUCGGAAGGACUAGACCCACGUGGUGGGCCACGUGUAAGUUUUGGAUUGCUGCGGAAAGAAGUUUCUGAGCCAGGACCCACUACACUAUGGCAAUAUGUUAUUGCUCUCCUUCUCUUUGUGCUAACUAUUGGCUCCUGUGUAGAGCUAGGAAUUGCAUCUCAGAUAAACACUCUUCCACCCGAGGUAGUCAAGUACUUUACCGAUCCAAAUGCUACUGAACCACCUGAUAUGCAGCUUCUGUACCCCUUUGUGGAUUCUGCUUUACCGCUGGCAUAUGGUGUCCUUGGUGUUCAGCUAUUUCAUGAGGUUGGACAUUUUUUAGCGGCAUUUCCAAAGAAAGUGAAAUUGGGGAUUCCUUUCUUCAUUCCGAACAUUACCCUUGGCAGCUUUGGAGCAAUUACUCAGUUCAAAUCUAUUCUUCCUGAUCGAAGGACGAAGGUUGACAUCUCAAUGGCGGGUCCAUUGGCCGGUGCUGCACUUUCCUUUUCAAUGUUUUUUGUUGGCUUGUUGUUGUCCUCAAAUAAUGCUGCAGCAGGAGAUCUGGUGCAAGUCCCUAGUAUGCUAUUUCAGGGCUCACUGCUUCUUGGACUCAUCAGCAGAGCCACUCUUGGUUACACAGCUAUGCAUGCCGCUAAUGUUUCAAUCCACCCCCUCGUAAUUGCUGGCUGGUGUGGUUUGACUACUUCAGCUUUCAAUAUGCUUCCUGUGGGCUGCCUUGAUGGUGGAAGAGCUAUGCAGGGUGCAUUUGGUAAAAACACAUUGUUUGGCUUUGGCUUGGCCACAUACUCCUUGCUUGGUCUCGGUGUGCUUGGUGGACCACUUUCACUUCCUUGGGGCUUGUACGUUCUAAUAUGCCAGAGGGCGUCAGAGAAGCCUUGCUUGAAUGAUGUGUCGGAAGUUGGAACAUGGAGGAGAACAGCGGUAACGAUCGCCAUUAUUCUUGUUGUCUUGACUCUCCUCCCAUUGUGGGACGAGCUAGCAGAGGAGCUCGGCAUAGGACUUGUGACUUCGUUUUGAGGUAAUUGUAACUCCAAUUUUUGACUAAAAUCAAUUUCACACACAAAUGAGGUGGUUUUUCUUUUUGACACUAUUUAUAUCGUGUAAUGCCAAUCUUUCUCCUUUCGACCUUUGUAUCUCCUUUUUCGCAAUUUGUAUUCACUUUCAUAAGCCAAAAAUAUAAUUUUAGCAAUCAAAA